GUACAUUCUGCGCCGCAACAGCAAUGGCGUUUCUCGAGGAUCGUCGAAGUACAAGGGAGUGACCCUACACAAAUGUGGGCUAUGGGAAGCUCGAAUGGGGCAGUUUUUGGGCAGGAAGGCAGCCUUGAAGUUCAAUGAAAAUGAUGCGGUCACCAAAUUUUCACCAAGCUUGUAUGAGGAAGAGAUGACUGUUGACACUGGCACUGUGGUGAAUGAGAAUCUUGACCUGAAUUUGGGAACUGCUCCUUCUCAUUCGCUUGAGGACUGUUAUGGUGUCUGGGAACCCUCCUACCUGCAGUGGUGGAAAUCCAUUGAAGUGUUCGACAAAAGCAUCCGGGAUCCUCUCUAGAUCUUCCUAGCAGGGAUAUCUCCAGUCAAGUUUAGUUUUUCACCGAUUGAACACAGAUCUCCAUGUCCAAGCCUGUGAAGACGAAGCCAACACAGUUCUUCAAAGUUGUCCUUCCAGCAACCCUUGAAGCCAAGAAGCUGAGAGUUUCCUAUUGGAAAUAGGAAAGCCUUACAGUUUAUAUAUAGCAGCAGGCAGUUCAUAACAAAAGGGGGUCUAAGUGCAGGAACUAUACUACAAAUGUCUACCGCAAUCCACAGUUUAAGAGUGGGAU